GAAUGAAAGGGCUACCUCAACGGCUACUUUUUUAAAAAUUUCACUAGCUAAACCUGAAUUCAAACAAACUAGGGUUGGAAGGAGACGUUUCAUCUUCCAUUUCCCUAUCAAAACAGACCACAACACACCCCACCACUUCUUGAAUCAUUCAAAACGUAAGCAAGCAAUACCAAACUUCCAGUUCCUCUCUCUUUUUACUUUUUCUUCAAGCACAUUCUUCUUCUUCUUCUACCUCUAAAAAGUUGUAGAAGGAGUGGUGGUGUUGUUGAGUAUUCUCUGUUUCUCCUCCUAACCCACCUUCAGUUGUUCUAUACAAACGCCCCGUUUCUGCAUACACUUUAUAAUCUUUUCACGUUUUCGUCCAUGUUUUUGCUAGAAAAAGGAAUUUCAAGUGCAGUGCAAUCAGGGUAAUCUGCGACUUCAAAGCUCUAUCUCAUAUAGUCUGUGUCCAUUUCAUCUAAAAUAUAAUCUGCAAUUAUGCCGUUCGGGUUGGUCUCAGCAUGGAACAAGCGCCGGAGAAGCAAGGCCCAGGAUCUCACAGAUCCUUGGGUUUACAAAUCUGUAGAACACUGGCAACUUGAAGAUCAAACAUCAAAACCGACGAAAAGACACCACGGAUCAUCAGUUUUUACAUUCAAGGAAAUGGAAGAAGCAACAUGCUCUUUCAGUGAUGAAAACUUGCUCGGGAAAGGAGGGUUUGGCAGAGUUUACAGUGGCACUUUGCGUUCCGGCAAGGUUGUUGCUAUUAAGAAAAUGGAGCUGCCACCUUUCAAGGAAGCUGAAGGGGAACGCGAAUUCCGCGUAGAAGUUGAUAUCUUAAGCAGGCUAGACCAUCCAAAUCUGGUUUCUUUGAUAGGCUAUUGUGCCGAUGGGAAGCACCGGUUUCUAGUCUAUGAAUACAUGCUGAAUGGGAACCUGCAAGACCAUUUGAAUGGACUUCUGGAUUGGCCUUUGAGGCUCAAGGUGGCUCUAGGAGCAGCAAAAGGACUUGCUUUUCUCCACUCAAGUUCUGCUGUUGGGAUUCCAAUUGUACAUAGGGAUUUCAAGUCCACUAACAUUCUUCUAGAUGCCAACUUUGAAGCAAAGAUUUCUGAUUUUGGACUCGCCAAGUUGAUGCCAGAGGGCCAGGGGACGUAUGUAACUGCCAGGGUUCUCGGUACUUUCGGCUAUUUUGAUCCUGAGUAUACAUCGACUGGGAAGCUUACUUUACAAAGUGAUGUUUAUGCAUUUGGAGUUGUUCUUCUUGAGCUUCUCACAGGACGCCGAGCCGUGGAAAUAAACCAGGGACCAACAGACCAAAACCUGGUACUACAGGUUAGACAUUUAUUGAAUGAUCGAAAGAAGUUACGUAAGGUGAUAGAUCCAGAGCUGAGUCGUCGUUCAUACACCAGUGAAUCUAUAGUGAUGUUUGCAAACCUAGCAUCAAGAUGUGUCCGUGUCGAGAGCAGUGAAAGACCCUCAAUGGCAGAAUGUGUAAAAGAGCUCCACAUCAUAAUAUAUACAAAUUCAAAAGGCCUGGGCAUGCCAAUGCAUAAACUAAGGAUGGUCUGACAAACCUGAUCAUUGUCAGCACAAGGAAACUUUUUCGUACUAUUAUUCAAUCAAAAGGUUUCCAGACAGGGAAGCUUAAUGUUAGAGGCCUCUGAGAAGGAUCGUAUGAUCACGGAACAUAUAAUACAGAACCCAAAAAGAGAGAGCAUGCGAACGAUCUUAAGAAACGAAACAAAGAAAUCCAUGGAAGAAAAGAGAUUGACAGACAAGAACACUGAGAACCUGGAAAUGUAUGAGAUCCACUGAGGAUCUAGGACUAGAAUGCAACAUUUCUUUGCAUGUCCGGUCCAUAUACUGGGUAAUUACUUGUAAUUUGUACUAUGUACCUAAAUGAAGCU